CUGGCAAGAUGAAAGUCUAUAAAUAUGUUCGUACUGCUGCAUGUUGGCGAGGUAUUCUGGAGUAUCAGAAUCUCCUUUGUGCUUCAGUACCUCAAUUGUUUCGUAUCCCAACAGCUCAUUAUUAUCAUCUGACAUACAAUGACGAGAGUUUGGUUCAUCACUGGAUGCUCUCGUGGCCUCGGCCUAGCCAUAGCUGAAGCAGCGCUCACUGCUGGGGAUUAUGUUAUUGCGACUGCCCGAAAGCCAGAGCAGCUCGCAGGGCUGACGGGAAGAUAUGGCAGCGAUAGGGUCUUUACCAUAGCCCUAGACGUCAGCAUCAACGACCAAGUGAUUGAAGCCGUAAAGGCUGGACACGAAAGAUUUGGCCGAAUCGACAUAGUUGUUAAUAACGCAGGGUAUGCCAAUUCUGUUGCUGUCGAGGAUAUUGACAUCGAUGACUUCCGAGCCCAAGUAGAUGCGAAUCUCUUUGGGGCUGUCUACGUUUCGAAGGCGGUCCUACCUAUCCUUCGCCAGCAACGAUCCGGCCACAUAUUUCAAGUUUCAUCGGUUGGCGGACGAGUCGGUGUGCCGGGUCUCUCGGCAUACCAAUGUGCAAAAUGGGCAGUCGGAGGUUUUUCGACGGUGCUGGCGCAAGAGGUGGCACCGCUCGGCAUCAAUGUCACCGUACUGGAGCCUGGCGGCAUGAGGACUGACUGGGCUGGCUCAUCAAUGCAAAUUCCCCCAGUGAGCAAGCCAUAUGAGAGUACCGUGGGUUACGUGGCCGACCUGCACCGGAAGAACUUAGGGAAUGAACCAUCCAUACCAAGCAAGGUUGCAAACAUCGUUCUUAGGUUGUCGAAGGAAGAGGAGCCUCCUUUGCGACUUUUGAUCGGCCCUGAUGCGAUGGAACAUGCCGAAAAGGCGGCGGAGGCUCUCGCAGCAUCAGACGCAAAGUGGCGUGCAUUCAGUGUUUCCUCAACCUAGUACAGCCUCAUCGAGUUGCUUUCCUGUUAGCCCUUUGCUGCUUGGUUUAAAGAACUGCAGAACCGACUUCCGCUAUCAGAAAAAACAUUGCUAUAGUAGAAAAACUAGUCAUUUCGGUGUAAAAAGGACGACUGAAAACGAUAAGAAACAUUUGCUGCCCUUUGAAUUCCGACCGCAAGGACCGUUGAGUUGAAUGCAAUUAACUAGACGAUGUGAUAAUAAUUGCUC